AUGGGUACCAAGGCUAUUCGCACUGCUGUCAAGGUAGACCUGAACAAACCAGCCCGUGAACAAAAGGGCCUCCAUAAUCGAUGGCAUCCAGAUAUCCCUAGCUACGGCACAAUCGCCAACAACGAAGUCGUCAAGAUUGAAUGCCUGGACUGGACCGGCGGACAAAUCAAGAACGACGACUCCGCAGACGACAUUAAGAACGUCGACCUAACACAGAUCCACUACCUCUCCGGCCCGUUCGACAUUGAAACAGCCGAGCCUGGAGAUGUCCUUCUCGUCGAGAUUCAGGAUGUCCAGCCCUUUGAGGAUCAACCGUGGGGAUUCACGGGUGUCUUCGCGCGGGAGAAUGGCGGCGGGUUUCUUGAUGAGAUCUACCCAGAGCCUGCAAAAGCUAUCUGGGACUUUGAGGGCAUCUUCUGCUCCUCUAGACACAUCCCCCAUGUGCGGUUCGCCGGGUUAAUCCACCCUGGUAUUCUUGGUUGCGCUCCGUCAGCGGAAGUGCUUGCUGAGUGGAAUCGGCGAGAGGGUGAGUUAAUCGCGGCCAACACCCUAGGCCGGGAUGUUGCGAAGCCGCCGGAACCGAGCAAUGUGCAUGCCGGCAGCGCAGAUGGAGAGCUCGCAGCAAAGAUCGGACGCGAAGGAGCCCGGACUAUUCCUGGCCGACCCGAACACGGUGGCAACUGUGAUAUCAAGAAUCUCUCCCGCGGCUCAAAAGUCUACCUCCCCGUCCAUGUCCCCGGGGCCAAAUUCUCUGUCGGCGACCUGCACUUUUCCCAAGGGGACGGCGAGAUUUCUUUCUGCGGUGCCAUAGAAAUGGCCGGCGUCAUCACUUUAAAGUUCACAGUCAUCAAGGACGGCAUGGCCAAAAUGGCAAUGAAGUCACCCAUCUUCCACCCGGGCCCCGUUGAGCCGCAAUUCGGGCCUGGUCGUUACCUUACUUUCGAGGGUUUUUCUGUUGAUGAGAAAGGCAAACAGCAUUAUCUUGAUGCAACGGUUGCGUACCGCCAGACUUGCUUGAGAGUUAUUGAGUAUCUGAGAAGAUAUGGGUAUAACGAUUACCAAAUUUAUCUGUUGCUAAGCUGUGCGCCGGUGCAGGGCCAUAUUGCGGGCCUGGUUGAUAUCCCGAAUGCGUGUACGACUCUGGGGGUACCGAUGGAUAUCUUUGACUUUGAUAUUCGACCUGAGGCGGACGCUGUUAAGCUUGAUAUGGGAUCUUGUGCUUUUGCUUCAAAGUGACCGGUCCUGUCAUUGAAUUAUUCGUUCUAU